UAUAUAUUUCAUAACGAGGGGCGAGUCAUCUCUGAAAGGGUUUGUGUUGGAGUAAAGAUGCUCCUUAUUAUUAUCUCGUAGAGAAAAGAAUUUAGCCUAUUUCCAGAAUCCUGUUUGCUAUUUCCAAAGUAGAUGUUGUUCUGCUUAUUUUAUAUUGUAUAAAUCAAGCCCUUUCAUUUAUUUGGCUGUGGAGCGCAAACCGCGACCACGAAAGGGACAAAGCAGCAUGAAGCCAACUCGUGAAUGAAAAAGGGAAACCGAAUGAACAAACCUCAACAUUAUUUACAAAAUACAAUUUAAAUAUAUUUAUUUUUUCUCUUUGAAAACUCAAAAUAACCCAGAAACACCGCACCUUGUGUUUCCUCCGCCACUGUUGGGUAAAUAUAUCAUCAUCUUUCUCAGGAGCUUUAACCAUUUUUUAGCCCGAAAAGCUUAGCUCUCCACCCAACCACAACCACCGCCCAUUGACGACCAGUAACAACGAAAACACUACACACACAAAAUCUUCCUAACACGGCCGAACCAAAGAGGGCGAACAACAAAGCAGGAAAGGAAAACGGAGGAUUAAGCAGACCAACAUGCCCGACGUGAAACGCACAGUCAAGCUCGUCACGGAGCAGAAUCUCAAAGAAGGAGAGACGGCGUCGGAGGUGGAAUUGCCGCUGCGGAAAUGGUCGAUUGAGGUUUACUUGCUGAACGAGCAUGGCGAGGAGGUCCCCGCGACGAUGUUUGACAAGGUCACCUAUACGCUGCAUCCGAGUUUUGGGAAUAGGGCGAUACAGACUUUCAAAUCUGCACCCUUCAAAAUUGAGGAGGAAGGCUGGGGUGAAUUUGAUAUGCAGAUUGGUUUCACAGUUCUGGACAAAGAACAUAUUGUCAACCAUGACCUACAUUUCCAGCAGAACAAAUAUGAGUCAAAGCAUGUUCUUACCUUCAAAAACCCCAAACCAGCUCUUCUAAACAUUCUCCGAGAAUAUGGCCCUGUGCCUGGCGAUGAGAAUGGCGUCAAAUCGAAGCGUGGAGGUACGCAGGAUGAGGGCUCGAAGAAAAAGAAGCGGAUAGAUAAGAAUGUCGACAUGGAUAAACUGGCAGACGGCCUGCAGAAGCUUGGUGAAGAUGACCUCCUCCAAGUUGUGCAGAUGGUCCAUGAUAACAAAUCCGCCGACUCGUAUACCAAAAAUGAUAUUGAGCAGGGCGAAUUCCAUGUUGAUCUCUACACCCUUCCCGACUCCCUUAUCAAGAUGCUGUGGGACUUCACACAGGAAAAGGGAGUUGUAUGAGCACGUGGCAGAAAAAAAGACACAUCCCUCUGAUUCUGUUUCUGAUUAAACUAAUGCCUUUUUCCCUUUCCUUUUCUUUGACCUGUCCUUUCUUCUCUGAUUUUUUCUUUUUCUCAAUGGAUAACUAAUGAAAUCAAAUUCAUGCAUGGAUUCAUUUGGUCUCAAGAGCAUUUUCCAACUCUAUCUCAUUAUAUCCGUUUCUAAGAUGUAAAUUAUGCUAAAAUCUUGUUUUGUCCCCCUAACCUUUUUUUCAUUUUCUCUCUUACGCCAGUUGUCUCCUGCCGUCUUUUACACUUCAACCAUCAACUUUGUAUUUUUCACUUUUCGAUUUUGCUCCCCCGGUGUUUUCUGGAAUGAUGAGAAAACCACUCUUGAAUUCGUUUCUCCUCCAGUUAACAUGCCGUCCUUUUCCUAUAUCCUGUACUGCCACGUUUUCCAUGUCCCCCCCCACCCCCCCUUUUUUUUUUUUUUUUUUUUUUUUUUAAUUAUAGGGCAUACAUACAUUUGUCCCCUUUCCGCCCGCCGCCUUAUGUAGCAAAGUUUAGUACUCUAUACUCUUUGGAAUUGGAAUUGACUAUGUUCAUUAUUUCUUCCCUGGUCUGUGUAGGGUUCACAUUCAAUUGAAUCAGGAAUGAAAUUCUAUUCACUCUGUUUCUACUUUUCGCGGGCUGCGUGUAAUAAUAAUAAUAUGAAAGUCGGGUUACACGGAGCUGGAGGUUAAGAUUUCUCCCUGCCCCACUCAUUUAAGCUUAAACGCAUCAGUGAUCCUGGAUGAUGUCUAUCUCCUACUUCGGAACUUCUUUCAGAAUAUGCAUGCACACAUGUUAACUUUUGUUGAUUAACCUACAUCUACUACGAAAUAAUCUAAACCGCAUGGCCUGGGAGGGAAAAAAAAAAAAAAAAAAAAAAAAAAAACGGAAAGGAGGAUGCCACUGCUCCAGCCCAAUCAGUAACGUAGCUAAGCAAAGCAUAUCUCCUACCCCAACCCACUUCGCCGAUUAUUUGGAGUUUUAUCAAACCCCUUUGCUAAAGCAAGAAAGACGAUUUCGAGACAAAAAAAAAUUAAUGAAGCUCUCGGCCCGAGGAAAAUUUAAGCAUGGCGACUAAGCUGGCCUCGAAAAAAAUGUCCCACUAUCACCGAGUUGCUUGCUCGCAGUGGGUCCUCACGCUAUUGGAUUAACUAGCGCCGUUCCUUGUCAAAUCAGAAGGGCGUGUUGUUCUAGGCAGGGCGUCCCAUGGCCUCGAAAAGAAGCCCACGCAGUUCAAGAUGAGAGGGAAACGUGUCGCGAUAACCAGAAACGUCUGGCCAAGUGUUCUUAUUGCGGUGGAAGUGGGCAAGAACACAUGAACGAACUUCGAACGAGGAGCGGUGGUGAAUUUAAGCUCCCUCCCAACGGAGAAACAAGCUUAAAAGAGCCUCACGGGCCAGCUGCUGAG